CCUAAGGUUGUUAAGAGGGAUGAGGAUAUGGAUUGAAUGCCAGAAGGGUUUGAAGGGAGGAUUAAUAUUGAAGGGAAAAAAGGUUUUAUUAUAAGAGGAUGGGCUCCUCAGUUGUUGAUAUUGAAUCAUAAAGCUGUUGGUGGGUUCAUGACUCAUUGUGGAUGGAACUCUACUCUUGAAGGUGUGUGUGCAGGCUUGCCAAUGAUCACUUGGCCUUUAUUUGCAGAGCAGUUUUACAAUGAAAGGUUGGUUGUAGAUGUGUUGAAGAUUGGUGUUGCUGUUGGGAUGAAGGAGCAUGUGUUGAAGACUGAGGAUAGGCCAUUGAUUCAUGGGAUAGAUAUAGAGAGAGCUGUGAGCUGUGUGAUGGGUGUUGGUGAAGAAGCUGAGGCCAUGAGGAAGAGAGCUAGAGAACUGGGAGAGAUGGCAAAGAGUGCUGUUAUGGAGGAUGGGUCUUCUUAUACUGAGUUAACUCAGCUCAUCAGUGAGUUAUCAGAUCUUCAUCCAUGAGUUACCAUCUUGUUCUAUUCUUCACUAGUUCCCCUGCUCAUGCAGGCUUUGUGUAUUGUAAUUUCAUAAUUUACUCUUUGAUAUUUAAUAAAAGUCAAUGAUUAGCAAAUAUUUCAACAGAA